AUGUUCUGGCGCUUUGGGGGAUAUGCGAGUAUCUCCACCAUCGAUACCCUGCUCGACAAACCCGAGGUCACUCUCGAGGAGCUCCUGGAUGAGCCCGAAAUUAUUCAAGAGUUGAAACAGCACAAUACAAAACUGAUCGAAUACCUGCGCGAUGACCAUGUCUUGAAACGGCUUAUGGAUUAUGUCACGGCACCGAGCCUGGUGACUGAUGACCAAAAAAAUGAUGAUGAUUCCAAAGCGAAGGAUGAUACUUCGAAGGACGGGGAUGCUUCCACAGAGCAGACGGACGAGGAUAAGGAGAAGGAGGGGGAUCCGCUGAAGGAUAUUCUCGAUCCGGAUGACCUGGAGAGAGUCGAGAAGAACCGCUUGAAGCAUGCUUAUAUUGCUUGUGAAAUUCUCUCAUCCGAGACAUGGUCCAUCCUUGAAUCUAUGAUGGCAAACCCUUCAUAUUUGCGAGACUUCUGGGGCUUCUUGCGACGUUCCCCACCUCUGGACGCUUCGCAGGCUAGCUACUUCACUAAAGUCAACGAGACCCUGCUUGAUAAGAAGACCGAGGAGAUGCUAGAUAUCCUCAAGUCACUCGAAGGAAUCGUCCCGGCAUUGUUGCAGCAUGUUGAUAACCCAAUGGUCAUGGAUCUUCUGCUGAAGAUUAUCAGUCUUGAGAAGGCAGAUGGUGGCCAAGGUACCGUCGACUGGCUCAAAUCACAGAAUCUAAUCCCCGGUCUUCUAUCUUUCCUGUCGCCCGACCACCCGGCGUCCGUUCAAACCUCAGCAGGUGAUUUCCUGAAAGCGAUCAUCACCAUCUCUGCAAAUGCAAGUCCAAAUGACCAGUCAUGUAUUGGUCCUAACAGCUUGACACGUCAGCUAGUCUCGGCUCAAUGUGUGCAGCAGCUCAUUGAUGCUAUGCUCCAGGGAGGCAAUCCGCUGACCGUCGGCGUGGGCAUCGUCAUUGAAGUCAUUCGCAAGAACAACUCUGACUACGACCCCGAGUCUCUUGGCUCGCCCGAUCAAAUGCUCAGCACGUACGACCCAAUCUACCUGGGAACGUUGCUUCGUCUUUUUGCCAAACAUAUUCCCCAGUUCAUGGCUCUCAUUCAGAGCUCCAAACACACCAUUCAUGAUGGAAACAAGCUCAAGGUUGUUGAGCGAGGAAAACUGAACUCUGCAUGGGGUGGCCAAAUUGAGCCGCUUGGCUUUGACCGAUUCAAGACUUGCGAGUUGAUGGCAGAGCUGCUUCAUUGCAGUAACAUGGGCCUUCUGAACGAACCAGGCAGUGAUGAGUAUGUCAGGCAGAGGGACGAGGAGCGUGAGCGGUUGAUUCGCGAGGGCGCUUUUGACUUUCACCGAGACGAGCACUCUGGAAUGGACUACAAUGAUACCACCGCCGAUUUCGCGAACGAUUCAGCCCUCGCUUCCGGCUCUCCAGGAGACACCAAAACAACAGAAGCACAACAGGCGGGUGAAGAAGAAGGCUUUGAGGAUGUCGGUGCAUCCGGUAUCUUAGUGGACGAGAAAGCUGGUGCGACCACGACACCUACUGGAGACGCGCAGCCUAUGGAAUCAGUCACAGAGCUCCCCUCAACAGAUAAUGCAGCAGAGCGAAGUCUUUCCGAAGAAGCCACAAAUACCCCUCAGAGUCCUGUCGAGGUCGUUGACCCUGCGUCGCCUACUGCUGGUCUAGCUGAACAAGUCAGCAGCAUCAAUCUUGAGAACACACCACAAAACGAUCAGCAAGAGUCCAAAAAGGACACCCAAGGGCCUGAGGCUUCUACUGCCCAAGACGUCCCAGCUCCUCUGUUCGCGCACGAACAAGAAUCGGAUUCAAAUCCGACCCCUGCCGGCCAAACGAAAGAAAACUCCACAGUCAAUGAACAGGCUGAGGGAAAACACCCCUUCAACGACGGUGGCGAUGAGGACUCGGCGGAGCAGUACAUUCAGCUUGAUACUGACGGACGACCCGUUGUCGGUGAUUAUUUGAAGAUUCAGUUUGUGGAGAACCAAGUGGUCCCCACGAUUCUGGGCUUCUUCUUCCGUUUCCCAUGGAAUAAUUUCCUCCACAACGUUGUUUACGAUGUGAUUCAACAAGUCUUCAACGGGCCCAUGGAGCGAGGCUACAACCGAGCCCUCGCAGUCAAUGUCUUUGACACAGGGCGAAUCACCACUGCGAUUGUUGAAGGGCAGAAGCGUAGUGACGAGACCCAAAGGACCAAGCAGAUCCGCCUCGGGUACAUGGGACAUCUUACGCUUGUCGCAGAGGAGGUCGUCAAGUUCAGCGAGCGUCAUCCGCCAGAAUUGCUUUCGCACGCUGUUAUGGAGAGCGUCUUGAACCCUGACUGGAUUGAGUACGUCGAACAGACUUUGUCCGAGACUCGCGAGCGGGAUAAUGCCAUCCUCGGAGGUGUUCGCCCUGACAUGUCAUCUCGCCAGGCUAGUCUCAACAACUCCAACAACUCUGGCCAAGGCUUCUCCAAUUCCAAUGCUUUGUCAGACGCAGGAUUGAAUGGAGGAAUUGGUGGCUCGAGUUUCAAUACUUUUGACCUUAGCCAUGGAGGUAUCUCUGGGGGCGCAUUCGGUGCAGGUGGUGGCACCUCUCUUCUGAGCGGGUUUGCUAGCUCCAGUGACGAUGAGGAUGAAGAGAUGGAGGACCAGGAAGACAGAGACACCGGUAAUGCCGAUCAAGGCGACACUGAUGUGUCAACAAGUUCAGCCAGCCAACCUAUUCCCAUCUUGCCCCCGCCGCCUGCCCCAUUGAGCCUCGGUCCAUCCCGGGCACGCCGUCAAUUAGCUGCGCGCCUUGCCGCCCAAAAGCAACAAUCGUCCGAAGACGGCGAGGGUGAAGCCAGAGAGACAGAAGGAAGUGCGGACCGAGAGUCAGACUGGCCAAGCAACCCCUUCGUCAUUGCCGGGAUGGAUGAUGAUGGCGAGGGAGGCAACUCAGCUUUCCCUCAUAGUGACUUUGGUUCAGCCAAUGCCAAACAUUCACCUGCCCUACCCGGGUCAGGAUUCAGCCCUCCGGAUUCGUUGUCAACCAACUCCUCAGACGAGGAAGGCGGAGGUCGCCUAGAAUCUUUCAACCGCGCAGGCCGUUUCCCGCUCGACGUCGAGGAAGACGAUGACGACGAAAUGGGUGAGAUGGUUGGACCGAGCGGUGGCCUAAUGGACUCGGACGAUGAAGACGAGGCCAUCAUCAAUGAAUCAUUGGGUUACUCCAACCUCUCGGGUCCCAGACGAUACAAUAACUUCCCCCGCUCCCGGGCCGUGAGCUCCCAUUAUGAAGACGACGAUCAAAACGACAGUAGCGAUGGUGAGGAUGACGGGCUCGUGGAGAUCAGGGUCCCUGGCCGCAAGUCUUCGACUUCUAAUUAA